AUGGGCUCCCAGAAAAGGACAGAGAGGAGCUGCCUCAGCAGGCAGCAGCUCCUGGCCACCAUCCGGCAGAUGCAGCAGCUGGUGAAGGGGCAGGAGACACGCUUCGCUGAGGGCCUGCGCCUGAUGAAGAGCCGCCUGAGCACCCUGCACGCCUCCCUGGCCAAAGCCACCCCUGAGCUGCCAGCUGCCUCCUGCCCUGCCCUGCAAGCCCCAGUGGAUGGGAAGAAGUUUGGCACCAAGUAUUUGGUGGAGCACGAAGUUCACUUCACCUGCAACCCAGGUUUCCAGCUCCUGGGCUCCAGCACCCGGACGUGCCAGGCCAAUGGCAGCUGGAGUGGACAGGAGCCCCACUGCACAGAGAUCAGCGAGUGCUCGAGCAGCCCCUGCCAGAACGGUGGGACAUGCCUGGAGGGGCUGAACCAGUACAAGUGCCUCUGUCCCCAGCAGUGGACCGGAGCCACCUGCCAGUACCAGGCACAGAUGGCUCCCCCGGCUUGGAGCGUCACGGAUGCCCCAGCGUUCAGCCGCCAGCCCCGCUGUGCCCAGAUCGACCGGACCCAGCACUGCAGCUGCGACCCCGGCUUCCACAUGAGCGGCACCGCUGCCAACGGCCUCUGCCAGGACCUCAACGAGUGCGAGGUGUACAAGCGGGAGGGGGGUCCCCGGCUCUGCGCCCACGCCUGCGUCAACCUUCCUGGCUCCUACCGCUGUGCCUGCCCCCAGGGCUACGUCCUCCUGGGCGACGGCAAGAGCUGUGAAGACAUUGACGAGUGCGCCCUGUCCCAGGAUAACUGCACCAGGGGAACCACCUGCAUCAACACAGGGGGGAGCUUCCAGUGUGUCAGCCCCCAGUGCCCCCCACCCACUGGCAAUGUCACCUAUGUCAAAACCUCCCUGUUCCAGUGCGAGCGCAACCCCUGCCCGAUGGAGAGCCGGUCGUGCCACCAAGCUCCCAAAACCAUCUCAUUCCACUACCUUCCCUUGCCAUCCAACCUGCUGACGCCCACCCCGCUGUUCCGCAUGGCCACGGCAGCAGCGCCUGGCCGGCCAGGACCCGACAGCCUGCGUUUUGGCAUCGUGGGGGGCAACAACCGUGGCCACUUCGUCAUGCAGCGCUCAGACCGGCAGACCGGGGAGCUCAUCCUGGUGCAGAGCCUCAAGGGUCCCCAGACCAUCCAGGUGGAUGUGGACAUGUCGGAAUACCUGGAUCGUGUCUUCCAGGCCAAGCACGUGUCCAAAAUCACUGUCUUCGUCUCUGCCUACGAGUUUUAG